UCUGAUUUCAGGCAGCUGCGUGAGGGCACACUCGAGGAGAAUCACCUGAAGGAUGGCAGUCGGCUGACACUGCUGCCAAGCGUGGAAACCGGAUUGCUGACCCAGCGACCGGAGCAGAGCGUGAUGCAGGCACUGGAGAGCCUGAGCGACUCCCAGGUGAACGACUUCCUCUCGGGCAAGGCGCCCCUUAACCUUACCAUGCGUCUCGGCGAUCAUAUGAUGCUCAUUCAGCUGCAGCUGUCGACGGUGACGCCGACGACGGGUACGACCGCGGGCCCAGCGGCACCACCGCCAAGGUCCAGUAGACCGCAGACACCGCCGAGCGCCCAGCCUGGGCCAGAAGGCCAGGAGGCCGCGAGUCCGACACGGCGCUCGUCGGGCGUAUUCGCUUCGACGACGACGACAGCCGUGGCCUGUCCCUCAAAGUUUUCCCUCUCGAGGUCAAUGGGUAGCUUAGCCUCGGCCGCUGUAGCUUCGAGGCUCUUCGCUGCUCUCAGUCCCCGGCCAUCGGAGGCACCGAGUUCCCCAACCUGGCCAGGCGCGUCUGGUUCUAGCCGCAGCGCUAGUCCCUCUUGCUGGACCUCGGGCACAACGGCUGGCAUACUCGAGCAGCCCUCUCAACAACUGCAGCAGCAGCAGCACAAAAGCCGCAGCAGCUACAGCAGCAACAGCAGCAGCAACAACCAUCGUCGCCAUCCGCGACUGCAACAACGACGACGCCAGUACCGAGCGCAAGACAGUCGCCAGGACUCCAACAUCGGCAUCCCUCGCGACAUCGUCACAUGCAUCCACCUCGGCAUCCCUACCACCAUCACCACCAUCACCAUCAUCAUCAUCAUCAUCAUCGCUACGCCAAGAAAGUGA